UUCGGCACACCGAUUCAGUUGAAUCUUUAACAUCUCUCUGGGCACAGCUCAUUGCUAAGAGGAUCAAAUAUAAUUAUACAUAUUUUUUGAAAGCAAUUCCUAAAAGCAUAUUCUCUAUUCGUUGUCAUUUGGAAAAUGGUCAACGAGUUGAACAGACCCCAAAAUGGGGACAAUGCCGCCUUAAGUGAGCGCCUGGCAGCAUCCAAUAGGCAGCUGCAGGAGAUGCAGGAGGAGCACCGCCAGUUGCUCCAGGAGAUGGAGACCCUGCGCCUGCGGGCCGCCGAGCUAACACGUCUGAAUGCCCAGCGUCAGCAGGUGAGGCAGUCCGCCGGCGAGGAGGAGCAGUCCCAGGAGGCGGCGACCAGCCAGGUGGAAGCUCCAGCGGAGCCGGAACCAGUGACCUCAUCUCCUCCCGCUAGUCCUGCCACCGAGGAAGCUACUCCAACUGCCGUGGAGGAGGGAUCCAAUGAGGACGACGACGAGGACAAGGAGGAGACGGCCAGUUACCUGCAGCAAAAGCUGAACGAGAUCGCCAACCUGAAGGCUCAAUUUAAGCGGGUGCAGCACAUGGUGGACACCACCAGCCUGAUUGAGCAGCACAUGUCCUCCAGGCAGACGGUGCAGAGCAGUUCCUCCGUUCAGAGCAGCCGCCAGACCACCAGCUCGGAAGUUCGAGUGGCGAGUGGGGCUGGGGAGCAGACUGCUCCGAAUCCCAGUCCCCCAACGACCUCUGAUCCCGACAACGCUGAGCUCCUGAAUUCCAUGCUCAACAUGUUCACCGACUUCACCAGUGACCUGCGGGGACAGGCGGAGAACCUGCGGGCGGAGCGGGAUCGGAUCAGGACCCUCAAAGAGGACAUAAUCCAGCGCAAGCAGGGAAAGUAAUGGAAACUAUAGUUUUAGUUGGGAAUUCACAAAACGCAUUGGUUCUAGUCGUAAAAUAUCGGAACUCCUAUUAUGGUAUUUUAAAUUCAAGUCAGCGGCCCUAAAAAUAUAUUUUAUUAAUCCUUAUAAUGUAUAAUUUCUAAAACGUAUAAUAAAGAUUUAGAAGGGAA